GCCAAUCAGCUAGAGCACCAUGUCCCCGCCCACCGGACUGAGGCCAUUUUACUGUGUUUUGCAGGGAGACGUCAAACGUCAUGUGUAUACAUUGUGUUCACGUUAAUGCUGUAACGCUAGCAGAGUAAAAACAGAGCUGUAAAUGAAGAAGAAAGGUGGACGAUUUUGGAGACCUCCACUUAAACAUGGAUUAUGAAAGACGGGGAGGUCGUGGUGACCGCCUAGGUCGCUAUGGAAAAAACACAGAUGAUCAUGACUACAGGGACAUGGACUAUCGUGGCUAUGGACAGGAAAAUGGAAUGGGACCAAAUAGCAACUUAAGAAAUGCCAGAUUUCAUGGGCGUGAUGGUAAUGUUGGAAACAUGAGAGACUUAACCUCAGGUAGUGUCUUGAGUAACCAACCAGGGUUCAGACAAAAGGAUAACUCUGUAUCAGAGAGUAACCAACCUGGAGAACCUCUCAUCCAAGCUUCCCAAAAUCAGAACAUCCACUCAACAUUCCAACGGGAUAUGGAUUUUGAUGGGCAUAGGAGAGACACGGGAGAGUCAUUUAGAUCAGGACAGAAGGUUUAUAUGGAUGGCCAAACUCCAGAUGGAGGUGAUCGGCAUGAGGACAACAACUGGAGCAGAUUUAAGAGAAAGAACAGCUCUCAGGAAGAAUAUGAAGCAGAAUGGAGAACUGAUGAAGAUAAACAUCUAAGCCACAAACAAGGUUUCCCUGACCAGGUCCAGUUAGAUAAGGACAAGCUAAGAGACAGAAGCUUACAUCAUGCCCAAAUGAACCAAGAUGAUGCAGAACCACACGACCAGGACUACAGGUCUGAUACUGAGCAGGCCCAGAAACCCAGCAAUAUCAUCAUGCUGAGAAUGUUGCCACCCAAUGCAACAGUCAAUGAGAUUCGGGGUCAGCUCCAGGAACAGGGCAUCCAACCCAGAGAGGUUCGUCUCAUGAGGAACAAGUCUUCAGGUCAAAGCAGAGGAUUCGCCUUCGUCGAGUUUAAUCAGUUGCAGGAGGCCAGCCGCUGGAUGGAGACCAACCAGAGAGUGCUCACUAUAAUGGGACAGCGAGUUUCUAUGCACUACAGUGACCCAAAGCCUCGUGCUAAUGAAGACUGGCUGUGCAAUAAGUGUGGAGUGCAAAACUUUAAACGAAGAGAGAAGUGUUUCAAAUGUGGAGUACCAAAAUCAGAGGCAGAGCUUAAAUUGCCCCUGGUGCCGCAGAGUUUACCUUUGGGGCAGUUAAAGGAGUCAGCUCAGGGUUUACUGCCCCUCCCUGCCAUAUUCCAGACUGCAGCGCCAAUUCUCAACAUGACAUCCUCGUCUCAGGUUGUUGAGGUGGCUAAUGACACUCUAAUUCUGAGAAACCUGGGACCUCACACCACACUGGAAACCAUUUUAUCUGCCCUGGCUCCAUUUGCCACUCUGUCACCCUCAAACGUGCGGCUUAUCAAAGAUAAACAGACGCAGCUCAAUCGAGGAUUUGCUUUCCUACAGCUCACUACUAUUGUGGAAGCGUCUCAACUGCUCCAGAUCCUUCAGUCCCUUCAGCCUCCUCUCUCUAUCGAUGGAAAGCUCAUCUCUGUGGAGUUUGCUAAGGGAUCCAAGCGUGAUGUUUGUCUGACAGAUGGGAAUCGAGUGAGUGUGGCGACAGUAGCCAGCACAGCUAUAGCUGCAGCACAGUGGGCCGUCACUCAGACCGCUCAUCUCUCAGGUUUAUCUGAGAGCCGUGAUUUGAGUUCGCACCAGCAGGGGGCAGCAGCAGUGUCUUUAUUCGAUCAGGAGGCUUUAAAGGGUGUCAUUGUAGAAACACAAGCCUUUAAACCUGCUCCUACAAACAGUCACACAUCAUUAUCAACUCCUGAGAGAGUUGUGUCAAUCUCCAGAGAAGGUGAAUUUGCACGAGUCUCCUCAAUACUGUCAGUCCCAUCAUCUCAGUCCCAGAUCAUCACCAUGGCAACAUCCUCACAGCACAGUCAGGGCCCUGUGGAGAUCAUAGGGAAACCUCAGCCUGCAACCCUGAAUCAGCCGGCCACGCCUGGAACCGCUCUGGAGUGUCAACAAUACCCGGAUCCCGAUGUGUCCACGUAUCAGUAUGAUGAAAACUCUGGAUAUUAUUAUGACCCUUUCACCGGUCUCUACUAUGACCCAAACUCACAGUACUACUAUAAUCCUCAAACACAGCAGUACAUGUACUGGGACGGGGAAAGACACACGUAUGUUCCUGCAUCACAGACCUCAGAAAAUGGACCGAUGACCUCUGACCUUUUAUCUACACCUAACAAUGGCAAAGAUAAGAAGGACAAGCCCAAGAAUAAAACCGCACAGCAGAUAGCUAAAGACAUGGAGCGAUGGGCUAAAAGUUUAAACAGACAGAAGGAUAGCGUACGAUCGUCCUCAACUCUGAGCUCCAACCCUCGACUGCAGGGCAGACCGGACGACCGACGCGAGUCUGCCAGCGCUGAUGCCGGCUACGCUGUCCUGGAGAUGAAGGGUGCAUUGAUGGAGAGACCUCUGAUUCUGACCUCUGAACAGAUGAGACAUCCAGAAGAAAGAGAACAGAGUCCUCCUCAGGGUCUUGUGGCGUCUUACAGUGGAGAGACGGACAGUGAUGAUGAUGGGAAUCAUGAGAGAGAUGAGCGACUGACAGACUGGUCUAAACUGGCCUGUCUGUUGUGUAGGAGACAGUUUCCCAGUAAAGAGGCUCUGAUCAGACACCAGCAGCUCUCUGAUCUUCACCGACAAAACCUGGAGCAGAAGAGGGGCAGACAGUUCCAGACCGAGAUACAAGAUCCAUCAGAAACAGAGCUGAAAUACAGAGACCGGGCAGCCGAGAGGAGAGAGAAAGGCUUUGCUUCACAACAACCAGAUGUCAAGAAGAGAAAGUUCAGUCCUGUGUAAGAGGAACUAGUGAAGAUCUGGAUAGUUGGAUGUUGACUUAACUGGGUUUCGUGUCAUUGAAUUUACUAUAUUACCAUUUCAAUUUGUUUGGAUAUGGUAACAUUGUUUUGGGACAUGUACUAUAAAACAUCAUAGUGCUUAAUGCACAUAAUAUCAACAAGCACCAUGAUGUAUGUACUAUGCUCUGAGAUAUUUAUUUUACAGUAUCAUGCUGUGACUGGAGGGCUAUAACAAGGCUUUUUUAAUCCUGGUGGAAUAAUGCCAUUCAUUUUUAAACUUUUUUCAUUAUUUGAGAAUGGCACUAUAUAAACCACAUGAACAGUUUCUCAUCAGAACAUGUACACAGAGAGUCAUGUCAUAAAACAUUUUGGUUAUGUGAAGGAAUACUGGGGAAUCUGAGCCAGUACCAGGAUAAUAUAAACCAAAACUACCGCUGGACCCACAGUAACCAUGUGAUAUACUGUCUGCAACCAGCCCUCAAAGAAAUAUACAUUUAUCAAUCAUAUAAUGUGAACACAACACAUGUAUAAACAGCAUGAAUUUACACUAUUGGAAUUCUGGAAAGCAUGACACUGGGUCAAAACUAGUUUUUAUAUCAGAUGUAAAA